AUGCCAAUGAAUCAAGUAUAUUGGAAGCCUCCCACCCCAAAAUCUUCUAGGCAUAAGCUGUUUACUCCCUCUCCCAAAGAGUCAGUAACCUCUCGUUUUGAAAGAGCUAUUAAGGCAGAUGGAAAACACUACAUUAUUCGACCUUUGACAGCGAGCCGCAGUUUACUGGCAUCAGCUAAUCUAGGAGAUCUUGGCAUUGACGAGGGAAUUGAUAAAUCCGCCAGUUCCAAGCCUGAGCGGCAACCUCAGAUCAAUCAGGAAGAUGUAUCCGACAUGGUUAUAGACAUUGGGUUACAAGUCCGGGAUUUAGUAGCAGAAACUGCGCUCCAGUUUGUUAGUGUAAAGGAUAAAUUGGACCAUUUGAGUGAAAAUAUAAAUCUUUUGCGUCAAUUGCAUCAUGAGCAAACUGAGAGCGAAUCUUAUCAUUUGCGCGAUAGCGAUAAGAAAAUGUCGAUGCGACACCAGAAUACCAGGCACCUCGGCAGAGACGGCUCUAAAUAUCAUGUUUCCAUAGAUGGUGAAUCAAGUGGGCCAUCUGGAACAUAUAUCCCCAUGAUUACAUCGUUUAUUGCCAGCACGUGCUUCAUAACGCCCCUCGUUGUGUUUUUAAUUGAUAUUUCGUCCCACCAAUAA